AUGGCCGCGCGACCCAACGCUCCUAAGACUCCCACCCCAGGAUCCAGCGCCUCCUCAGGCAAGCAACCUGCUCGAUCCCUGGACGAGGAAAUGAAGGAAGCCGAGGAUUCUGACGAAGAACUCGACUUCACCAAGAAAGUCUACGGAAACCUCCAGAAGCGCAUCGAGAAGAACAACAACGACAUCGCGCAUAUGCAGGCCAUGUUCAACGACGCCGUGACGGAGCUCGAGAACAAGAACCAGCUCGCCAACAAGCUCCAACAGGAGGUUCACACCCUCCGAGCGGCCGCCAACAUCAUCCAAACCCCCAUGGAUGGACGAGAGAAACUCAAGCUCAACUCUCCCAUCACUUAUGACGGAACCCCAGGACUACUCAAGGGAUUCCUCAUCCAAGUCAAGAACUAUCAGAAUUUCCAUCAAGGAAACUUCCGCAACGGAACUGAGAGAGUCAUUCAUGCCGCGACCUUCCUGCGAGGACGAGCCCUUCAAUGGUUCGAGCCCUUCCUUGAAGAAUAUCUCAACAAUGAGACCCUCGACCAUUGUUCCAGCGAAGUUAGGGACAUAUUCGCCAAUUUCCAGGGAUUCGAAGACGCCCUGAAAUCCCUAUUUCAGGAUCCCGACGGAUCACGACAAGCGGAAAGAGACUUGGCCCACCUACGCCAGACUAAGUCUGCUACUGCCUACGCAGCAGAAUUCAGAAGACUCUGCGCCCAGCUCAAGCUCACCGAAGACACCAAGAUCUUCAUGUUCUACAACAACUUGAAGGAUGAAGUCAAGGACGAGAUCAUCAAGCUUGAUCGCCCGGAAGACUUCCUUCAGUACGCCGAACUCGCUAUCAAGAUUGACAACCGCCUCUACGAACGACGCAAGGAGAAAGGCGAAAAGCGAGCCCCAGCCAACUCGGCCAAGAAAUACCAAUGGCAACCCCAACAACGAUUCCAGCAGAACCACCCUCAACGCAACGGGCAAGCCGAGCGCCCUAGAGGAAACUACUGGCAGAACAACCAGAAUCGCAACAGCACCGCCUAUGGACACCACAGUGGCCCUAUGGACCUCAGCGUGGCCCAGAAAGACAACAAAACACGAGACUUCAAGUGCUACAACUGCGACAAGCCAGGACAUAUGGCUAGAGAAUGCCGACAACCCAAGAAACAGCGGUUCCAACCAGUACCUGAGAAAGGCCGACAAAUCAACAUCGCCAACAAAGACAUCCCCCACGCCUCGCUCUCAUGGACCGCAUGCUACGACGACAACUGCCUCACUCACCAAGACGGCAAAAAACAAUCGGGAUGGUAUCCCAAGACCCCCCGGACUCUAGCUAUGACCCGGUCAGGCUAUGAGAAGACAGGGAUAUGCAAAACCCCCGAAGAACACCAACGACAGUGUGUCGACGUCCUACGACAAGCCUGCGGGAUUGCUACCUACCAAAAGAUCCCCGAUGCAAGGAAAGGACUCAAGAAGGACGACACCCCUGAGGAAAAGGGAACCACCCAAGAACAACCAAGAACCCUCGCCAUGAUGCGAAGGGGCUCCAACCAGAAGCUCACACGCAAGAUCAACGAACAACUCGACGAGAUGCUCCAGGCAGGACAACUUGAAGAAGUCAGGAGACCUGCACUUCAAGGACUAGUAGCACCAGGAGGAAAAAUCGAGAUAACUACACUCAACCAAGUCGCAGCAAACAACCCUCGAGACCCACGAACCUGGACCCCCCAGCAGAGAAAGGCGUACGAACACGUUGCAAGCGACCACCCGGAAGGGCCAGACGGCUUAGAUUACGACUCUGAAGAAACACCCGACUACAGGAUCACGCCUAGUCAGUACUACGAAACCUACAUCGCAUCUAGCUCCGAAGAAGAGAGCCCGGAACCCCCGAAGCGACCAGAAUACCAGAUCAUCAACCCCAAGAGUGACAACCAGUCAGUUCAGUUCCAUGGGACAGCGUACAAAAAGAACCAUCCACCUACGCCACUCGUACCAGGAGACCACCCGCUACUGAACCCCAGCCACGAGGACCACGAAGACCUCUUUUGGGCCGAAUGCCUGGACGACAACUGCAGAAGACACAAGAAGGGCAAGAAGGAGUUCUACUUCUACCCUCGACGAUACACUAAAGAACCCAUUCAGGAUGUCUACCUCAACAAACAACUCCCAUUCUGGACAAUGCGAUACUACGGCGAAGGAAACAUUGCCACCUUCACCCCAGACCCCGAAUACCCCAUGUCAUGCUACAACGACGACAAGGGAUGGCGAGAAUGCGAACACGACGAAUGCCUCAUCCACUCCAAAGCCAAGGCAAAGGCCUGGCGGAAGGCACAAAAAGAAGCUCAACAGUCAAAAAACUGA